UGCCUUCUUGAUAGCUUUUGAUAAUAGACAUCUGCUGACCUCUGGGGUCAGUGAAGCUGGGACACAGUAAUAUGUGUUCUUUCAUUCCUCUUAACUGAGAGAAAGAAAUAUCACGGCUUGUUGUUCUGGAGUGCUGUCACUGUGCUGUAUCGAAAGGAUAAUGGCUACUUCCUGAUUAAACCACUAUCCACAAUAUGGAGUCUGGAGAACGGUUAACAUCAACGACAGCAGCCUCCUCCACUACAGCUACAUCAUCUCCUGCAUCCUCAACACCUUCUGUUGUUUCGGCAGUUUCCAAAGGUGGCCUUUCCACUGGAGCUGCAUCACUUAGCUCCACAAUCAACACCUGUGGACAUUUAUUCAGAACAGCUGGGGAUCAACCGUGUAACCUGUCCACAGUGUCGAGUGCCUUCCCAAUGGUCAGCCACCCAGUCUUUGGUCUACACACAACCAGCUCAGGGCAUACAGAAUUUGGUGGCUUGGGGACACUUGGUACACCCACAGCCUUAGCAGCACAUCCCCAACUAGCACCUUUUCCAGAAUGGUGGCGAAAUGCAGAGGUGCACUCCCGUACUGGAACAGCUUUCUUCCCACCACUUCUGGGAAUUUCUCCUCUGUUUGCUCCUCCUGCUCAGAAUCAUGACUCCACUUCGUUCCAUUCAAGAACUGCAGGAAAAAGUAAUCGAGGCAGCUCAGAGAAAGGUGUUAAUGGAUCAGUAAAUGGGAACAGUACCACGUCAGUAUCAGGCAUCAAUACAUCUGUAUUAUCCACCACCACUGCAAGUUCUGCAGGGCAGGCAAAGGUUAUAACCUCAAUAGGAGGAAGUCACAAAUGUAACCAGGAACAAAAUAAAACCCAGAUUCUGGAUGCCAGAGCUGACAAGAUUAAAGAUAAGAAACCCAGGAAAAAAGCUGUGGAUAGUUCCAGCAACAGCGAAAGUGAUUCUGGCUCCUCUUCAGAUACAUCCAGUGAAGGCAUUAGCAGCAGUGACUCAGAUGAUUUGGAGGAAGAUGAGGAGGAGGAGGAAGAGGAGGAUCAAAGUCCUGAAGAAAGUGAAGACGAUGAUUCUGAUUCAGAAAGUGAAGCACAGCCGAAAACUAAGAACAAGGUGCUAUUGCAUAGUGGACCAGAGAUGAAAGCAGACGGACAAAAAAACCAUGAAAAGCCCCAGGAAAAGAGAACACACCAGCCAAUACCUCUUGUGUCUGAUACCCAGACUCACCCAUCAUUCCAGUCCCAGCAGAAGCAGCCUCAGGUUUUGUCACAGCAGCUUCCCUUUAUUUUCCAAAGCUCUCAGGCAAAGGAGGAAUCUGUGAACAAACAUACAAGCGUAAUACAGUCUACGGGAUUGGUGCCCAAUGUGAACCCUUUGUCUUUGGUAAAUCAAGCCAAAAAGGAAACUUUCUUAAAACUUAUAGUUCCUUCUCCUGAUCUACUCAAGGCAGGGAAUAAAAAUACCUCUGAAGAACCUAGUCCAUUGACCAUUGAUGUAAGAUCAAACCGGGAACAGUACAAACAAACAUUCCCAGCACAGUUAAAGAAACAACACGAAUCAUCCAAGAACCUGAAGAAGGUUGUCACAACAGUAUCAAGUCCAAAGCCAACCUGUUCAUCACCAGCUCAUCAGAAACACACAUCUGUAGAAAACAACCAUUCUAAUCCUUUCUUGACCAAUGCACUUUUAGGUAACCAUCAACCCAAUGGAGUUAUUCAGAGCGUCAUUCAGGAGGCUCCGCUAGCACUUACCACAAAAUCCAAAUCUCAGCCCAAGGCUAGUGAAAACGUACCUACUUCCAGCAAUGUAACCUUUUCCUCACCAGUAAAUUUAAGCACGUGUGGGAAAAAGACACCGAGCAACCGGACACCUGUUAUGUCCUCUACCUCUCCUGUAUUACCUGGUCCAGCAAAGGAAAAGGCUGUCAGCAAUAACGCAAUAACAUCAGUAAAAACACAACACAACCAUCCUUCCACAAAAUCAUUAGUUGAACAGUUCAGAGGACCAGAUUCAGACAUUCUCAGCAGUAAAGAUUCCGAAGACUCGAACGAUGAGGAUGAGGAUGACGACGAUGAGGAGGAGGAUGAAGAUGAAGAAGAUGAAGAUGAAGAUUCUGAUGACAGUCAAUCAGAAUCUGAUAGCAAUUCAGAAGGGUCUGACACUGAAGGAUCUGAAGAUGAUGAGGAAGAUGAUAAAGAUCCAGAUGAAUCUGAGACCGACACGGAGGGAGAAAAGUCUGCAGUUAAAUUGAACAAAACAGCUUCCUCUGCCAAAAGCUCUUCCAUCAAUCUUGCCACUUGCUCGACUCCACUUAACCUCCAAGUAGCAAAGACCCCGAGUUCUGCUCCUGCAGCGUUAUGCCCCAAGUCCCCUUCACCCGUCUUUGUGGGCACUCCUCCGCCUCCUCUUACGUCAAGCACACACUGUGGUACUUCAAAAAGGCGAAGAGUAACUGAUGAGCGAGAAUUGCGCAUUCCUCUGGAGUACGGCUGGCAAAGGGAAACGCGAAUAAGGAACUUUGGUGGUCGUCUUCAAGGAGAAGUAGCCUAUUACACACCAUGCGGAAAGAAGCUACGGCAGUACCCUGAAGUAGUAAAGUAUCUCAGCAGAAAUGGAAUAAUGGAUAUCUCAAGGGACAAUUUCAGCUUCAGUGCAAAAAUAGGAGUGGGUGACUUCUAUGAAGCCAGAGAUGGACCGCAGGGGAUGCAAUGGUGUUUACUGAAAGAAGAGGAAGUCCUUCCCCGUAUCAGAGCUAUGGAAGGACGUAGAGGACGACCGCCAAAUCCAGAAAGACAGCGUGCUAAAGAGGAGUCGAAAAUGAGGCGUCGCAAGGGUCGGCCUCCAAAUGUUGGUAGCACCGAGUUCCUUGACAACACAGAUGCUAAACUGUUGAGGAAGUUACAAGCCCAAGGCAUUUCAGAAACUAUUCAUGUGGAAAAGAUUAAGAGAAUCCAGCAAAUCAGAAUGGAGAAAGAACUUCGGGCUCAGCAAAUUUUAGAGGCAAAAAAGAAAAAGAAAGAAGAAGCAGCAAAUGCCAAAUUAUUGGAGGCCGAGAAACGAAUAAAGGAAAAGGAAAUGAGGAGGCAGCAAGCUGUUCUACUGAAACAUCAGGAGCGAGAAAGGAGAAGGCAGCACAUGAUGCUAAUGAAAGCCAUGGAGGCACGUAAAAAAGCAGAAGAGAAAGAACGGUUAAAGCAAGAAAAACGAGAUGAAAAGAGAUUAAAUAAAGAGCGUAAACUGGAACAGCGAAGAUUGGAAUUAGAAAUAGCUAAGGAGCUAAAGAAGCCUAAUGAAGAUAUGUGCUUAGCAGACCAGAAGCCUUUGCCAGAGUUGCCUCGCAUUCCAGGCCUGGUUCUCUCUGGAAGUACAUUUUCAGAUUGCCUCAUGGUGGUGCAGUUUUUGCGGAACUUUGGGAAAGUUCUCGGCUUUGAUGUCAACCUGGACGUCCCAAGUUUAAGUGUUCUUCAGGAGGGGCUGUUAAAUAUAGGUGACAGCAUGGGAGAAGUACAAGAUCUGCUUGUGAGGUUGCUCUCCGCUGCCAUUUGUGACCCAGGGCUGGUAACAGGAUACAAGGCUAAAACAAUCCUUGGGGAUCAUUUGCUGAAUGUUGGCAUCAACAGAGACAACGUGUCUGAAAUUCUGCAGAUUUUUAUGGAAGGCCACUGUGGGCAAACUGAGCUCACAGAAAGCUUGAAAACCAAAGCUUUCCAGGCACAACCACCAGCUCAGAAAGCAUCCGUACUUGCUUUCCUCGUUAACGAGUUAGCAUGUAGCAAAAGUGUUAUAAGUGAAAUUGAUAAAAACAUAGAUUAUAUGUCUAAUUUAAGGAGAGAUAAGUGGAUGGUUGAAGGCAAACUUCGAAAGCUUAGAAUAAUUCAUGCUAAGAAAACAGGCAAAAGAGAUAUUUCUGGAGGAGGUGACAUAGGAGAAGAGCAGCAUUCACUGGGUACACCCACACCAGGCCGAAAAAGGAGGCGGAAGGGAGGGGACAGCGAUUAUGAUGACGACGAUGAUGAUUAUAGUGAUGAUCAAGCCGAUGAAGAUGACGAGGAUGAGGAGGACAAGGAUGACAAAAAGGGAAAGAAAGCAGAUAUUUGUGAAGAUGAGGAUGAUGGGGACCAGACAGCAAGUGUGGAGGAACUAGAGAAACAAAUUGACAAGCUGACUAAGCAACAAAACCAAUACAGAAGAAAGUUAUUUGAAGCAUCUCACUCUUUACGUUCAAUGAUGUUCGGCCAGGAUCGUUACAGACGUCGAUACUGGAUUCUGCCACAAUGUGGGGGUAUUUUUGUUGAAGGCAUGGAAAGUGGAGAAGGUCUGGAAGAAAUUGCAAAAGAAAAAGAGAAGCUGAAAAAGGCCAAAAACAUUCAUAUCAAAGAAGAGAUGUUUGAGACCUCUGAGGAAAAAUUAAGCUGUUUAAACCCAAAUCAGUGUGAUCAGAAAGAAGAUCUCAAAGAAAAGGACAGCACGAAUCUGUUCCUGCAAAAACCUGGCUCUUUUUCUAAGCUAAGCAAACUGUUGGAGGUAGCAAAAAUGCCUCCUGAAACUGACAUUACAUCCCAGAAAGCCAACGGCAGUGCCGCGAAUGGGUGCUCGUUAUCUUAUCAAAACAGCUCUAAAACCUCACUCUGUAGCCACCAGCCCUCUGUAUCACAAAGCAGCAGUGAAAAGUCCGAUCCAAAUAAUCUCUUUAAUCCUCUUGCAAGUGGGCCAGGGAAGUUUUACAGUGCUCCAUUAAUUUCAAAUGACCAACUGUUAAAGACUCUUACGGAAAAGAGCAGGCAGUGGUUCAGUCUCUUGCCCAGAACUCCUUGUGAUGACACAUCGGUUACCCAUACGGACCUGCCAGCUGCCGCCGCGUCUUCACUCACUCCUCAUUCUCAUCCUCCAUCCAAAUCACCUUCGCCUGUCCCAUCUCCACUUGUUGGUUCUGCCUCUUCACCAAGCCCAAUGGGAUUGAGUCCUUUCACAUUAUCACCCCUUCAGAUGAAGACAGGAUUGCCUGUAAUGGGACUUCAGUUCUGUGGAUGGCCUACUGGAGUAAUAACUUCAAAUCUUCCAUUUCCAUCUCCCAUGCCUCCUAUGGGGUCCGGGCUAGGAUUGUCUGAGGGAAAUGGCAAUUCAUUCUUGACACCCAGUGUUCCAGCCAGUAAAAGUGAAUCACCAGUGCCACAAGUAGAGAAACAAACUUCUACGCCUUGUACAGUGGUUGAAGUAGCCAAACCAGUUGAUUAUCCUAGUCCAAAGCCCAUUCCAGAAGAAAUGCAGUUUGGCUGGUGGAGAAUCGUUGACCCAGAGGACCUAAAAGCUUUGCUUAAAGUGUUACAUCUCAGGGGAAUUCGAGAAAAGGCCUUACAGAAGCAAAUACAAAAGCAUAUGGAUUAUAUUACUCUAGCCUGCCUCAAGAAUAAAGAUGUUGCAAUUAUUGAAGUACAGGAAAAUGAUGAAAACCAGGUAACACGAGAUAUUGUGGAGAAUUGGUCCACAGAAGAGCAAGCCAUGGAGAUGGAUAUUGCUAUUCUUCAGCAGGUGGAAGACCUAGAAAGAAGAGUGGCAUCUGCUAGUUUGCAAAUCAAGGGUUGGAUGUGCCCCGAGCCAGCAUCGGAAAGGGAAGACCUGGUAUAUUAUGAACAUAAGUCAGUUACUAAAUUGCAUAAGAAGCGAGACGGUGACGGUGCUGGUGGAGAAGAAGGCAAUAGCGGUACUCUAGAGCGGAAGAGUGACAACCCUCUAGAUAUAGCAGUAACCAGACUUGCUGACUUGGAGCGGAACAUAGAGCGAAGAAUGGAAGAGGAUAUUGCUCCAGGGCUAAGGGUAUGGAGAAGGGCAUUGUCAGAAGCCCGCAGUGCUGCACAGGUAGCUCUGUGCAUUCAGCAGUUACAGAAAUCAAUAGCAUGGGAAAAAUCUAUUAUGAAAGUUUACUGCCAAAUAUGCCGCAAAGGGGACAACGAAGAACUGUUGCUGCUUUGUGAUGGGUGUGACAAAGGUUGUCACACUUAUUGCCAUAGGCCCAAGAUCAAUACAAUUCCAGAUGGUGACUGGUUUUGUCCUGCUUGCAUAGCAAAGGCAAGUGGUCAAACUUUAAAAGUUAAAAAAAAUCCACUCAAAGGGAAGAAGAGUAACGACCAUAAGAAAGGCAAGAAAUUGCCCUUAAUGGUAGAGAUGGAGGAAGAGGACUCUGCAACCACAAGCAACUCAAUAAAAAAAGCGAAAACAGACUCCAAAAAGAGAAAAAUUGAUGAAAAUGUUUCUGUUAGUUCCUCAAAGCAAGAAAGUGUUUCCCCUGUGAAGAAAGCUAAACACGAUGAAUCCAAGGACAUGGCUUUAUGCAGUGUUAUCCUUUCUGAAUUGGAAACUCAUGAGGAUGCAUGGCCUUUCCUACUUCCUGUAAACUUGAAACUUGUUCCUGGUUAUCGGAAGGUUAUUAAAAAACCCAUGGAUUUUUCCACCAUUCGAGAGAAACUAAGUAAUGGACAGUACCCUAAUCUUGAAGCCUUUGCUGUAGAUGUCAGGCUUGUGUUUGACAACUGUGAAACGUUUAAUGAAGACGAUUCUGACAUAGGCCGAGCUGGCCACAAUAUGAGGAAACAUUUUGAAAAAAAAUGGACAGAGAUUUUCAAAGUGAGCUGAAGUGAUCACUGUCCAACAUGUUUAUUUUUUUUUAAAUGAGGAUGAAUGAGACCAGCAAUGUGAACUGUAUUUACAUUAAAGUACAAGGCACAUGCAUAACUAAUGACUGUUUUAUUUUCUCCUUUAAAGUAUCACAGAGGUGUGGUACUAAUUCUUAAGGCUUCACUCCUAUGGCAACCACGGCCCUUGGUUCUUGGUUUGUGUGUUUUAUCAAACUAUUUUAGGUAGAACAGGGAAGUACACCCAAAGAAUUUAAAAGUAAGGGGUGUUAUAGUGCAAUAGCAAUUUAAAAUAUAUCAAAACGCACUGAAUAUUCAACCACCAGAGCUC